AUGUCUACAAAACGCAUGAACAUCCUCGUCUAUUCUGGUGCGCUCACUCAGGAUGCUUGGCGCCGAAAUGAAAAUCUAAUGCUUUCUCCAGGACUUGGUAGCACGGUAGAAUCAGUUCGUCAUUGCCUGUUUACCCUCCGAAGGCUACUGGCUCCCCACUACGCUGUGAUUCCCGUCACUGGGGAUAUGCUGGUCAAAGAGCCAUGGACUGCAAGCUGUGCUGCCCUCGUGUUCCCCGGCGGUGCCGACCAAGGGUAUUGUAGCACGCUAAAUGGAGAGGGCAACCGUCGUAUACGACAAUUCGUCGAACGUGGCGGUAAAUAUAUUGGCUUCUGUGCUGGUGGCUAUUACGGGAGCGCCAAAUGUGAAUUUGAAGUGGGCAAUAAAUUACUUGAAGUCAUUGGCGAUCGUGAACUCGCGUUCUAUCCCGGCAUUGAUCGAGGCUGCGCGUUCCCAGGUUUCGUCUAUCACAGCGAGAAAGGCGCCCGUGCAGUCGAUUUGGUCGUCGACAAAAGCUUUCUCUCAGCUGGGACGGUCCCAAAUGUCUUCAAGUCAUACUACAAUGGAGGAGGCGUAUUCGUUGACGCCCCCAAGUAUCGUGACAAGGGUGUCGAGGUACUGGCUAGUUAUGCAGACCCCCUAGCAGUUGACCCUGGCGAGGGCGCAGCCGCGGUGGUGUACUGCAAGGUUGGAGAAGGAGCAGCUUUGUUGACUGGCCCACAUCCAGAGUUCGUCUUCUUGGGCAAGCCAGUUGAUGACUGGUCGCUGACGAAGCCUAGGUUCGCUGCCGCCAAUAUCGAACCAAAGCCUAAAGUUCCGGGCUUCUCGGAUGUUAUCGCUGCUUUGGCCAACGACGAGAAGCAUCGGACCGAUUUUGUCAAAGCCUGCCUUACCAAGCUUGGCCUUACAGUGAGCGACGAACAAAAUGUACCUUCCCUAUCGCGCAUGCAUUUGUCGUCGUCAGAGCCCAAUGAUGUUGCCAGCUUGAUUUUAUCACUGGCAACCAUUACUCAAAAAGAUGAGCACGGGGAAGAGCUGAUCAAGGACGAGAAUGACACUUUCCACAUUGUCAAGCCCUCGACCUGGAGCAUGCUCGAUCUGACACAGGCCCUACCAUUGGAAAAUGAGACAAAGGAUUCUGCUGACCAAUUGGAUGGCAGCUCCGACCGUAUCAUCGAUUAUAACACGAUAAUCAAACCAAUAUUGGUCCAUGACCAGGAGUAUCCACAGGCGAAGACAACUCCAUACUUCAAUCACCACGCGUUCUACUCAAAUCUGCGUCACUACCAGGCAUCGUUAACCAGUGCCACCAACUUUGGGUCACACCUUCUCUAUGGGGAAGUCGUGACCUCGACAAACACCUUGUUGGAAAAGAAUACGAAGCUCCUGCGUAAUUUACCUCAAGGUUUCACGGCUACUGCAACUGUGCAAGUCGCUGGUCGGGGAAGAGGUUCAAAUGUGUGGGUCUCGCCUGCAGGCAGUUUAAUGUUCAGCACCGUCAUUCGUCAUCCAAUGGCCUUGAUGCAGACUGCGCCUGUUGUCUUUGUCCAAUAUCUGGCCGCCAUGGCAAUAGUCAAUGGUAUCAAGUCGUACGACGGUAAGCUCUACAAAGACAUGCCAAUCAAACUCAAAUGGCCAAACGACAUCUUUGCGCUCGAUCCUGUAAAGGCCAAAGAAAAUGGAGGUGAUAGAAAUGAGAACUAUACGAAAAUUGGGGGUAUCUUAGUCAACAGUCAUUACAACUCGAAAGAGUAUAUUGCAGUCUGUGGGAUUGGUCUGAACACGUCAAACGCGGCACCUACGACAUCCUUGAAUCAACUCAUUCAAUUCCUUCCCAGAGAGGUUGCUCCAUUUACCUUGGAAAGGCUAUUGGCUCGAAUCCUGACCGUCUUCGACGACAUCUACACUCGCUUCCUUGGAACUGGCUUUGACGAGUACCUAGAGAAUAUGUACUACCAACAUUGGCUUCAUAUGGAUCAGAUCGUGACACUGGAAGCUGAGGGAGGACAGCGAGCUCGAAUCAAGGGCAUCACGAGAGAUUAUGGUCUACUUAUCGCCGAAGAGCUAGGCUGGGAAGACCGUGAGACCGGAAAACGGUGGACACUUCAAAGUGAUUCAAACAGCUUUGACUUCUUUAAGGGGCUUCUCAAGGUAUGUUCUCUCCUCCAAUGUCCUAACUCCGUCUACAGUAUCCAACAACUUUCUAUUGCCAAUAUCCUCGGGAUAAACGUAAGCUAA